UUUUUAUUUGUCUUGGAUAAGCGUUUUAAAAAUGAUGACUUCAAAGUCUUAACAUUUGAAAUAGGUUAAUGAAUGCUCUUGGCCACUUUUCUUUUGCGAUGUAUUGACCUUUUUCGAUUGGUCUGUUAGUAAAAACUGGUAUUUCAAUAUAUAAAAAGCAGUUAUUGUUAAACAGGAUCAAAACAGCAUACUCCUUUUAGAUAUUUAGCUGAAUGAAGUUUUGUUUUCAUGUUUGUUAGGUAAUGGGAUGUGGUAGCAUCUUUAUGCUUUCUUCAAGAACUGGCUGCGGUUUGUUAAUGUCUGUAACACAAAUAAUGCGACCAUAAUUUGUAAACGUUUGAAUGGAGACAUGAUUUUGUCUUGAAAUCGAGUUGUUUUCUUAAAGGUAUUUCAGAUCACAACAAAGCUGUUGUUAAUGCUUGCAAGUGUGUGUGUGUGUGUGUGUGUGUGUGUGUGUGGGGGGGGGGGUGUUAAAUAAUAUGUAGGCCUAUGUGGGCAUUGUUCUUUUGGUUUUGGUUUAGGUAGUGACUGCGAGUGGGUUGUCCUAGAUUUUGUGAACGAAGGAGUGUGUUGUUUACUGUUGUAUUCGCACGCGUUCGUUUUGACAUUUUUUAUCGCAUCUCAUCUCCUGUUGUCUUUCUUUCUUUCUUAUCUUUUCUUUCUCUCGGCAUUCCGUCACAGUCGUGUUCCCGUAUGGAGAGGUCAGACUGUGUGGAGCGGGUGUCUGUGUAAAAGUGCAGUGUAUCGUGGUAGACAGGGAUACGGCCGGAGUCCGCCUUGGGAGCGACGCGGUAUGAGCUAGGGAAUAGGACCAUCUCGUAAGGCUGGGAAAUCAAUCGAUAGGAAAAAAUCCAUAGCCACGGGCUGGGCCGGCCGCGUGGAGAGACAGCGGGGAGCCGGCGAGAGAGCAAAGACGGAUAGGCUCCGGGAGAGGUGGGGGGAGAGGGAGAGAGAAAGCGAGCGAGACCCUCCGUUCUGAGGCUGUGUAUUGGAAGUAGGGGGGGAGUCUGGUUCGUGUGUGCCUCGUUGUGAAGCUGGAGAUGAUCUGUGGUCAGAGCAUGUCGCCAGGAGAGACAUAAGAGAACUGACCACAGCGGAUCACUUAUUUCCUUCUCCCGGAUCUAUUUGUUGUGUGGCGAUGAAUGCUACUGUGGUCUUAGUGUGCACGGUUUCGAGGUUGGCGUGUCGGAGUCGUAGCGGAUGAGACUCUUGCAAUGGCCAUGAGUGUGAACUGGACUCUCUCUGUGCAUCUGUUUUCUUCCGACUUCAUCCAUACACCUUCUUCACGACGUGGCUCUCUCUUGCUGACGCCCUGGGUGCUAAAUUAGUCCCCAUCGGCGGGAGCCACCUGGGACGAAUCAGUUUAUCAAUAACAGAUUCUCUGAUCAGCCCUCCUGGAAUAAAUACAUAUUCGUAUAAGUUCUUCUCUACGCGUAUCCCGGUCUGCCUCUCUCAGGGCUAGUGUCUUCCAGAAGCGCUGAUCACGUUAUGAGCGCGCCGCGAGGGGCCCCACUGUUUUGCUUAAGCAGAGCGGCCUGAUAUGACAUCACGGAAAUUCACAAAUAGCGCAAGCGGUAUCAAGUGUAGAAGUAUAAGGAUGUGUGACAAAAUCUGUUCCCUUGUGUGCAGCACCGAUGUCGAAUCGACGAUUUGAAAAGUGUUCCUCGUUUGCUGUCGCUGCUUUGACGCCACCACCACAGGAAAUAAUGGUUCGGUGUGUGUAUGACACGCCUCCUUGAAUACUACAUACUGCCCGACGUUUUAACGCCGAACAGUAACGACCAGUUCGCUGUUGACACAAGAGAAAAAAGAGAGAGAGGGGACGGAGACCGAGCGGUGUGUGGCACUUACUUAAAACACCUGCUACCCACGACUAUAUAAUUUUUGCGCGUAUCAUUUGCUGGUGUGGCCAGUGUCGCGCCUCAUGUUUCCGUACCCAGCAGCGUGACAAUAGCUUUUACUCUGUAGAUUGCCCUUCGCACUGUUUCUUAGGCUUCGGUUGUGUCUGCUCUGUUGUUUACCUAUCCUACCGAUUGUUUCUGGCGUUUGGUUCUUGGAUAUACGAAUGUGGAAUUAACGACUUUUGUAACAGGCACGUGAUGUUGUUUUGGGUCGUGUGUGGUGACACAUGACUUUGUUAUAGUAGAGUAUUCUGUUAAUGGAACAAACGCUGCAGGAAUAAGAGCAAUAAAUUCUAGGGAAGAGAGCGAUGAAGGGCCAUUCUUCACGCAGUAGAAGCUGGAUCAUUUUACCUGUACCAGCCAGAUAUAUGCGUAGUCACAGCUCUCCAUUUAUGUGAGGAUCGCAGUAGUGCAUCUUGCGCCAGUUUUCAGUUCCACACAUGUGACCACUGCAGCCUGCUGAUUGGAUAUAAAAUAACGGUGCUUCCAGUUCAAAUCACAUCCACUGCUGACUCGUGUCUCUUCACGCCUUCGUCUUUAAUCUUCUCGAGCUCCGAAACUCGUUGCGUAGACUUUAAGUAGAAUUUCUGAAGUUCUACGUUGAAGAGUAAUAUUGUCAAGGACCCUGAUGCGUCAGUUAUUCCAAGUUGAAAGAGUCUCCAUUGUGUGCCGUGAUGGAUAUAUGGGAUCACUAUGGGUCUUUGCAGUGUGAAAACAAACAGGAAUACAUGACUUUUUCUUCUAGUGACUAUAGGUCUUUCUUUCUAAAAAUUGUUGAGCAGUCUCUGUCAAGUCUCUAGCAUGAGUUACUUUGAAGAUGCUGGCACACUGUCAUGUUAGGAAGUCCAAGCUCUAGACAGGGACCAGCGAAGUCACGCUCGGCUCCCGGCGGUUGAAUGACUCCCUGUAGCCUGUUACUGUACUCCCAAGUAUGGUCUAGGCCGUGAGAGGCGUCGAUUGCUACCUUCCUCCAGUGAAUUGUCCGGUGGCUAUCUUCAGUUGAGAUGUGCGCUUAUGCAUUGUCCCUCUGAAAGGAGCUGGACAAACAGCAGGUUUUCCUCACCUGGACAAGGCAGGAACUGGUUGACAGCCAAGUCAGUCACCUGCCACUAACUAAUACCGCACAACAUACCCCCACAGCGUGAUCUCCCUUUGAGACCAAGGAAGAAACAACACCUAUAAGGCAAGAGAAAUUGGUGAUCAAUGUUUUACAAGCGAUAGCCGGUACCGAUUCUUUUUUUAAACCGCGGUGUGUGGUCAUUUGUGCAUCUGUUCACGUGUGGACAAGCCAGCAAGCUGUGCGUGAGCUGGGAUUUAUAGCUGGUCUUUCUCGUCAGUAAACUCAAGGGGUGUCGUCACCUCGUGGUGUCUCUCCUCCCCCCCUUCCCCCCCCCCUGUCUUGUGCCUCCCGUCCGUCCCCUGUGGCCUAUACAUAUCACGUGACCUGUGGUGAGCACUGGUGGCUGUAGCAUGCCCGGGGUGCCGCCCGUCUCGCAGGAGUCCUGGAAGCACGUGCAGCAGAGCCUGGACAUCAUGCAGGCGGCCGGCGGCAGGCCCCGGCGCAAGAAGCGACACAAGCUCUCCAUCGCCAAACUCUGCUCCUGUGUGGUGGCCGAGCCGGCCGAGGACUUCCCGGAGAGCUCCAGGCCCUUUGAGAAAAAGUCGCCGGCCUCCCAGCUGACACUCAAGUCCCAGCCCGAGGCCGCCUCCUCCAUGGACCUGGCCAAUCAGAUCGAGAGUAUCGUCAAACAAAGAAUUGAGCCAUCAGGAGAUGCCAGCUCAACGUCUGCUGCUAAAGCAGACUUGACCUCAAUGUCUGCGGAAGAAAGUCAGGUCUCUCUGGAGGAACGACAGAGUAACAAAGAUGAUGGACAGAUCGAGAAAGAUGAGAAGGACGGAAUGAAAGAGGAUGAAGACGAUGAUGACAAAGGAGAGACUGGAGGAGAUAAAGAGUCGGAGAAGGCGAAAUAUCUGAAGAAAAGACAGUAAGUGUUUUGUAUGUCCAGUGUUGUCAACUCCUGCUUGAAGUUGUCCUUUCGAUUUCUGUUCUAGUCAGUCACUAAAGACUAAAGGUGACGUCAAUAAAAUAUUGAUGAAUUUCUACAGAAGUCCAAUGUAUCCGUCAAUGAUCUCUUUUCAAGGGUCGAUCAGUUCGAGAGCAAUAAAAUCUGAGGGCUAGUCAGUGUCUGGUAAUGGACAAUGGUCAAUGUGUAUGAGGGCUAUAGUUGCGUCUUUGUGCAUGUGCACUUGUGUGUAUGGCACACUUGUUCGUCUUUGUUAUCUUAAGCUUCAUUUGCCUGAAAUUUUUUUCUUUGAUAAUCAGAAACUAUAUGAGUGGUCUCCCAGCUUGUCUCUGAAGCUUUCUUUCUCCAGAUUUUGCAUUUUCUUCUCAAUUUCCCCAUCUCCCCAAUUUUCUUAGAGUUUUGACUGCCGAAACGUUAGCCCACACUGCAUCCCAUUUUCUUUAAUAAGUUGGUCUGUUUUCCUGAAAUUAUUAGAUGUUCCAGGCCUUUGUAAGAUAAUGUUUUAUCUUCAAGUUUUCUCUAAAUUUUUGUUAAUCUUUUGAUGGGGUUUAGUUUUAGUAAUGUAACGCCAAAAAAACCCACAAAACAAACAGGCCUGAGCAUGCCUUUUCUUCUUGUACUGUCAGUAGUUUUUGUGCCUUAAUGAAUAAAUGCCUUCCUUAUUUGGAAGAUAAGAAAUACAUUUUUGGAAAACAGUGGCAAUUUUG